CAUUUUAAUUAUGCCGGAUUGAAACGUUCUUUUCAUAAUCUGUUCAAUUCGAACAUGUUCUUUUUGGCACGAACUUCCUCAGACGAUUCAUACCUGUCAGGUAGAUAAUGUCAGAUUGACCAUUGAGCUAUGUUCCACUACAUAAAUGUCCAUAUUGUGUAUCUACCUACCCAUUAAAUUAGUACGCAUUUCAAUUUAACGCACCCUAAUAAUUACAUCUACGUUUCCACAUUAAGACCAAACUCGUAAGGAUCAUCGAUCCAUCACCGUAUUUGCAUAAGUUGUAAUGCAGCCAUACACACAAACAUAUUUGUCCAAGCAUUAACGAAACAGCAUGCCAUAUUCACACCAUAUGCCGACCAGCCAGGUAGGUAAUAAUAAUAAGUAACCGUAUAUUUGAUGACUUUUUGCUCCUCACCUUCUUGCCCAACUGCUCGCCAUGCACAACUUUCUCCGUGCCUGGAUUGGAUUUUGUGCUCCUCAUACUUAUUCCGCCUGCACCGAAACCUUAAUUACAUGUUGCUCCCGUGUGUUUGUGUAUGGAUGCAGGCAUAUGUGGCUUUAUCGGAUGUCGGCUAGCAGGGGUUGGUCGUCGAAUAACAGCUUUUAUGUGCUAAACAGGUAUGCCACACUCGCAUCAAUCUGGAAGGUUUCGUAGCGUAGCAUAGCGUGCUUUGAUAUCGAUUUUAUUAUUAAAAUUUUGAAUCCUGUCCGGUGGUUGCAGUGCAUUCAUUUGUCAGUUACUUAGUUGCCAGCCAAAAGUCGCACUGACUCUCGGUACACAUUUCUUAAUUCACGCCCGACUCCUGAUCCAGUUUCACAUAUAACUAACCUGCUUAUCUGAACUUAUAAUAACCGGAAAUGGAAACCAGUACCACCGACGUUAAAUUGGAGCCGGAAGGAAAACCGGAAACCACAAAGGAUCCCGAGACAGAGGAGUCCCAAGAAAAAGAAAAGGACACUGAAGACGAGGCUGGCGAAGAAUCCAAGAAAUUACUUGACCCCGAAGACCCCACCAUCACCUCUUCCCCUGCGGAAAAGAAGGCAUCCUCCACCUACGAGAUUUCCGCCGCGCUCGCCAGAACGGCGACAUUUGCGCAAAAAUUGAAAACCAUUUCCAUCGAGAAACCACCCACGCGAAAUCCGCUGGCCUACAUUGGAGCCGUUUUCGGCCUCUGUUUCGCCGGGACUGCGGUCGGUCUGGGGAUCUGUUGCUGCGUGGGGAGCUUCCUCCUGUUGGAAAUUAUCCCCAUCGCGGCCAUCGUGAUGGGGGCGACGUACUGGGAUCGGACUCGCUACUGCACCGCGGAAAACGUUCCGUUGCUCCUGAUUAUUGGCGGAGUCCUUAAAGUGAUCCAUAUCACGCUGUCCACCGCAGCCGGGAGGGAUCAAUCCAACGCGAGGAAAGUUGUGGAGAACAUUGCGGCGAGUAAGAAAAAUAAAAAGAAGGACGACGCGGAUGUCGAGGCGAAUGUCGAGGAAGAGAAGGAUGAGGCAGGUGAGAAAGAUGAGAAAAAUGGAGAGAAAACUGACGAUGGUGGGGAAAACACGGAGGAAAAAUCAGGGGAAAAAGAUCAAGGUCAAGUCCCCGUUAGUCCCCCUGAAGGGAACGCCUGGUUUCGAUUGGGAAACGCAUUGUUGACCGUAGCCGAACUGACGUGGUUUAUCACGGCCACGGUGAUCAUUUAUGGAAUGUACGCUACCGUUUCGUACUCGAAGGAAGACGCCAACCUGGAGAAUUAUUGUCACCAGACCCUGUACAGAUUUGCGUUUUGGUAUAUUACCGUUUUCUACGUUUUGUUGGGAUUGGUCAUCUUUGUUCCGUUGACGUUGUGUUGUUGCGGACUUGUUGCAUUGUUGGUGGGGUCAGAGUAGGAUUUUUAUGUGGAGAGUGGAGAGUGAGGAAAUCUUGCAAUUUAUGGCUAAAUAUGUACGUAUGCAAAUUGAUGCUUAUGGAAUCCAUGCCUUGGUUAGAAUUUGCAGGAAUGUGUAAUUAAUUGUGUUCAAUAUUUGCUGUACAAAGUGAGCUUAGUUUGGUUACGAUUAUGCGUAUGCAUUCAUGAAGAUUAUGAGUAAUUAAUUUUAAUCGGGGGCAUUUUGUAAUUACUAAUAUAAAUAUACAGCAAUUAUGUAUACUAAUAAAAGGCUUUCAAUGUUAUGCAAUCUCCUAUUAAAUAUGAUACAUUUUUUGGCUUCGGUUUUUGAAUAAAUUGCAUGAAUUUUGUUCAUGCCACAUGUCAUCAUCACAAA